AGUUUGUCCGAUGCCGAUUCCGAAUUAAGGGUCCGAUUACAACUGAAGGAACCUGGGGCGGUACCAACAUCUACAUAUUUUAACACGGGAACGCAUCCCAUCUUCAAGCGAGACAAAGAAGCAGCACAACCGAAGAAAAGAACUGAAGCAAGCCAGCAACGAUGUCCAGCGGAGUCCUGAGCCGACCCGGUGUAUCCAUCUACUACGAAAUCCGCGGUUCCGGUCCACCGCUUCUCAUCAUCCCAGCGGCCCAUGGAACGCACCUAACCCACGAAGACCUCGCCUUGCGGCUAUCGUCCCAAUACACUGUUAUCGGCUUCGAUCGGCGAGGCUCCCUCCGCAGUCGCUUCCUCUCUCCACCGACGAAAGAACAGCAACGAACCCUGCUGAAGGACACCGUCGACGACAUAGUCGCUCUCAUACAGCACCUCUCGCCUGACCAGCCAGUCCUCAUCUACAGCAUUUCACUCGGUUGCAUGCAUGCCCUUGAACUGCUCUGCACUCAUCCAGACUUGGUCCGAGAGAUAAUUGUUCAUGACCCGUGCAUACCAUGCCUCCUACCAAAGCAGAGCUAUGAGCAGGUCUCUGCAGCGUUCCUGUCGACCGUUUCGAUAUACAAGGCCCAUGGUCCAGCUGCCGCCUCGGAGACAUUUGUCCCGGUCGUAACGAGCGAUGAAGACCGUGCGCUGCUUCGUGACUCGCCCACUCAUAAGAAGCUCCUUGCAUUGUCGAUUCUCUGUUUCAACUUCCUCUUUGAAUAUGAGUUACCUGUACUGCUAGGAUACCAAGUACCCUUCCCUGUGUUGAAGGCCUAUCGGGAAAAGAUCACUCUCAUCAGGGGUGAACUGUCCUCAACUCCGUUGACCACUGAACCGAUCACCACCUUAGGUGCCGAGUUAGGCUUACCAGUAAAGAUGGUAGCCGGUGGGCAUCUGCCAUCCGCUACUCAUCCCGAGGCCUUCACAGAAGAGUUAUUGAGCAUUCUGGGGGAAGCAUUGUGA